UAAAAAAUAUNGAGUUAGUUUGAUCGCACAUGAAAUAUAAGACAAGGUUAUUUUCAUGCUAUCAUUGAGUUAAUAAACAUUCAAGAAAACGGGUAUUAACUUCUUAUAAUUGAAAAAUGAUCGCAUUUUGAUAUUUUAGAGAUAUUUGGAACUUUGAAUUUGAUACUUUAAGUAUUAUGUAUCAUGUGCUUAUUAUUGUAUCGUAAAUGAAUAGAAAUAAGGCUGUUUCCACUUUAUCAGUGUAUGUACAUAUACUAAACUGAGAAAAAUACAUAUUAUGUUUUUUACUUCAUUACAUUUUGCUUUUUGAAUGAUUCACCUUCGCUACAAUAUUUAUGCUACUAAUAGCAGGUUUUAGGUGCGUUUCAUUGUUCAGUGCUACUUACUGCUAUUACUGUUUUUGUAACGUAAAUGAAAACUGCUAGAAGUUUUCCUUUUUAGGAUCAUAUAUUGUAAGAUAAAGUAAAUGCACUUUCGCUAUCUCGAACGUGGAUCUUAGAUAUAAUCGUCCUUUCAUUACAUAAUCAUGAUAAGCACACCCUUUUACAAUCUUGAAUUUAUCGAAAACUAUUUUUUUUUCUCUCAGUAUAAAUAGAAGCAACUAUUUCAAAGAAGUUCAUUUCUUACAUUUACCGUCGCGUAGUUUAGUUCGUUAAUGCAUUUUAUGCUAAUGCAAGUGUAAAGUUUGUAAUAUUAGAAUCCAUCAAGCAACAAUGAAUCGUUCAGUACCAGUUAAAGAGGCAGUAAUAGAAGUCGUAAGUAAUCAUAAUGAAUGUAUAUGUAUAUACUUUGCGAAUUGAUCGCACUGUAAAUGGUACGCAGUAUCUACAUAUUCAUCUGUGAAUUAUAAUAUGUAAUUAUAUUUUAUAAGAUGGCUACAAAGUCAGUAGCUAUGACAGAUGCGCGUCCGAAUCGGCCUCCAGUUUGGGUCAGACGAAACUUAAAUUAUAAUCCAAACCGCGUACAGUGAGUAGAUAUACAUUUCUAACAUUCGACAUAGAUCAUACAUUCAAUUAUGAAAAUAUAAUAGGAAUAAUAGUUUAUUUUUCUCAAUAGGCAACAACAAGAAAAUGAAGAUUCAUCUAGGAAUGAGAAUAACAAUAAUAAAAGUUAAAAUCUUUUGACCAUUUACAACAUAUUCGAUAAAUAUCGAACACAUGACUUUGUCACAACUUCUAUUUACAAAUUCAAGCAAGUUCUUUUAGUUAAAUAUAGAGAAUCUUCUAAUAUAUGUUAUUGUCAUUAUUUAUCCCCAUCUGAAACUACUACAGCGUGUCUGAAUAAUGAAAAUCAAUUCAGAUUACAUUACUUUCAUUCGAUAGAAUAAAAAACGAAAUAAUUGAAGUUUCCAAAAAACUGAAUAAUUGUGUAUGAAUUAUUUUAGAAGUAACUCGGGGUAAAAGGUACUGCGUUUAGGGCUAGGAACAAAACGCAGUCUUUUUUGUUCGCGAACACUUACAACCCUGUUCGAAUUUCGAAUUGCGCACAAUUGUCUCGCUCCCUCGCUGCGGCUUCUGUAGCCGCAGAAACGAGAUCGGUCGGGCCCAUUGUUUGUGGAGAACGGUGGACCGUCAUAAUACAGCUACACCACUGCCACCACCCCCACUACCUGUACUCCUCUGGAGCAGGUUCGAACACGUUCAGUUUCACGCCGACUCCGGCGAUUAGCGACGUUAGAUCGCAGGUGAAUUUCGUACGGUGUGCAAGUGUUUCGUCACGUGCCAGAUCGCGCGCGAAUGAGCCUGUCAACUGUCUGUGGACGAUUAUUGCGCGCAUGCAAAUACCAUCAAGGGAAUAAUACGUAUUUUCGCCCUUUAUACGCGUGCAUCGUGUCUUCCAAUGGCUACGACAGAGGGAAAAUCUUGUCAUGACGACAGUGACUGUUCAAAGAAACAGUACUGUUAUCACGUAGCGAAAUUAUGCGUGGAUUAUACGCAGUGUAUUAGAUAUAACAGAGAAGAAAAUGCUGAAAAGGGAGCAAGAGAUCCAUCUCAAUGUGGACCCUGCCUUCCCGGAUAUACCGCCGACGAAUUAGUUACGGGAGAGAUGGCAAUGCUAUGCAAAAAAACCAAUAAUCAGGAAAACACAUUCGAAGAAGAUGGGCAAGGCAAUAAUACGCUGGUCUACGUAAUGGUAGUUGUGUUGGUUUUCGUUCUUGCUGCUUGUAUCCUCAUUUAUUUAUUUUGUCGAAGACGUUCGCCAAAGAGACAAGGAAAAAUGAAACUGGGCCAAGAACUUCUCGCGGUGGAACCAACUGCCCCGCCGUUAGAAAACAGUACUUUGAUUAGUUACAAAGAAACGUCCCCCGUCUCGUCGAACAACAAUCAGAAUUUAAAGGACAAGAAUAGACUCGCACGCGCUUCGGGUUACGUGCCUCCCAGAUGGAUUCGACCAAAUCCGAAUUACAACGAUUCAGGUAACGAAAACCUGAAUGUCAUGGACCAAAUGAACGCUGUAUCUAAUACAUCAGCCGGUGACAAUUCGAACUGGGCGCCAGAGCAAUUGGCAAUCGAAGUCACCGACGGAGAUGUAAUUGGAUACGCAAGGGAGCAGAUUGACAACACCUUAAAUACGGUUUUAGUCCAAGCGAAUAAUCCUCCUUCAUUUAACGCCGCACAAGGAAAUAAUAGUAAUAACAACGAUGAUAAUAAUAAUGCUUCGUCAUCCGGAUCGGACAGUGCUCAAGGCAGUCGAGAACGUGGCCGAACAUCGAAUAUUCUGAUCUCCCAGAAAAUAUCUAUGAACGUAAAUUUAAUUAAUGGCGAUUCCUGAUCUCGAACGCGUCGCGUUCAAACUGUACAUAAAUUAUUAAGAGCCAUAUUUAAAUAAUGCGACAUCAAACUUAGAAUGUUUGUAGCGAACAAGAAGUUGCUAUGCCUCUUCGACAGACAAACUGUAUUCAAUCUUUUUCAUAGACUCGAGAAGAAAACUGAUCGAAAUUUUAUCAUACCAUCAAACAUAUCGUAAUUUGGGACCAUGAUAUUAUGAAGUAAUAAUUCAAGCUUAAGAAGCAGAAAUUAUAUUUUGGACAGUCAGCUAAACCGAGUCUAGUCAAUAAGUCUAAGUGUAUACAACUGACUGUUACAAUUUUACGAUACCUAAAAUCUAACGAUUCUAUGCUCACUUUAAUAAUUCACGAUUUCUUUGGAAUGCAAUUUAAUAGAGUUUUAAUCUAUAGAAAAUGUAAAUCGACAUUACGAUCGUGCAUAAAUAUUACAUCUUAUUUAUUUUCGUCCUUCACAGUUCACAUUUUAAAAAUUAAUAGUGAAUGCAUCAAUUGCAGAAAGAAGUAUACUGUCUAUUACAUUUGAUGUCGAUGGCUGGUUAAGCUUCUCCGCAUAUUUUUAGAUAUUAAGUAAUAUUGUUUUUGUUAUUUUCAUACGAGCGUGGUAAUCUUUUUAUAACCAGUAUAUUCCAUAAUUAAUGUAUGCCAAUACUAAAUAUUCUUGAGAUUAAGGAUAAUUGAAUAUAUUAGACAAAAAGUGCUCAAUGGUUUGCGGCACGUCGUGUUGGCGAACAAUUACACGUAAAAAAAAUGUGAUAAGUUUCAUGAUAAAGAAAUAUCUAUGUUAGACAUAGUUCUUGUUAAUUAGUAAUACUUAUAGUAUCAUAAAAAUGGAUUAAAGUUUCCCUUGUUCUCGAAUGUUUCGAAACGAAAUAUAAUAUCUAAACAAUCAUUCACAAGAAACAUUACACUUGUGAUGUAAUUUUAAGAGCUUAAAAUUGUUUAAAACUAUGUUAACAUGUUUUUUUUAGAACAUGGUACUCUACAUACUUAAGAUCUGUAAAUGUUAUUAUAAAUUAUGUUAUCAAUAAGAUACUCUGACACUUA